AUUCUCAUUUACAUAUAUUAUUCAAUCAUAUUACAAAAUACAAGAAAUACAAAAAAAACAUACCAAGAAAUUAAAAUGGAGACACCAAAAAAUGCUAUAGUUUUAGUACUAGUAAUGAGUUCAAUGUGGGUUAUAUCAAUGGGUCAAUCAGGAAUAAGUGGUGAUUGUACAAAUGUGUUGGUCACGUUAUCACCUUGUUUGAACUACAUCACCGGAAACUCGUCGACGCCUUCGUCGGGGUGUUGCAGCCAGCUCGGUAACGUGGUUACGUCCUCGCCGCAGUGUUUGUGUGAGAUUCUUAACGGUGGAGCUUCUGGUUUGGCUGCUGGUUUGAACAUUAAUCAAACUCAAGCUUUGACUCUUCCUAAUGCUUGCAAUGUUCAAACUCCUCCUCUUAGCCGUUGUAAUAAUGGUGGUUCUUCAGCCGGAUCUCCACUAGGAAGCCCAUCAGGAGGUGGAUCAAGAACAACAACACCAACAGACGGUGGUGAUUCAUCGGAUGCAAAAAUGUCAAAGUUACCAGCAAUUCCUGCGUUAUUUGCCGUGUUUUUUGUUGCCUCUCUGGCUUUUUAAAAAGCCCGUCCAAUUUGAUCUUGAUUUGGGCCGUCUUGUUGACUAUUUUAGUGGGCCCAAAUUGUCUUCUUCAUAUCCAUUUACCACCAUUCGGGUCUAUUACAGUUUUUUCUUUAUAAUUCGGGUCUAUUACCCAUGUUAGUAAUAAUCUUUUUGGAUUCUUUUUCUUUAAUUUUUGUUUUUUGAGAGUUGAUUGAUUUGCUUUGUACGUAGUACUAUAUCAUAUGAAUUUUGAGGUGUAUAUUAUUUAUUAAUUGAGGGAAUAUUUCCAUCAUUUUGUCAUUA